CAGACAGGAGCCUGCUUCUACGCAGUGAUAAUCAAUUCAAGAUGGAUGCCUCCGAGAUGCCUGCGUCUCAUACUUGUCUUCUUUAACCCGCGCUAGUUCCACCUUUACAGACCAUGACUGGUAGUUGUUGAUAAGUUUAGAUAUUGUGGAAUUGCCGCCUACGAAAUUUCCAAUAUGAAGAAGGAGCAACGAAGCAAGAAGCCGCGAGGCUUGAUAACGACAAGUGCAACCGCAAAUAAUCGUAGAGACCAAAAAGAACAGGAUAUCAUUGUCACACCACAAACCAACCACGACCUAGUCGACUUACAAAAGGAGAACCACAGUCUUUCUAUCAUUGCUAGUAAUGACCCUUCAAUGGCCCAGCUCCUAGCAACCCUUGAAUCCACCUCAAUCUCCAAGUGUAAUAUCAACUCUACCAGCAUGAACAGCAACCAUAAACCAGCUCAAGACCAAGUCAUGGACCAAACCGACUCUAUCAGCCCGCAGGAUGACCUGAUUGAGAUUCUCUCCACACCCGACCGUGGACUUGCAGUCUUUGCCAGCCGCAAGAUCAAGGCAGGUAAUCUGGUGUUGGCAGAACGCCCCCUGUUACGCCUGUCAAAGGAGGAAGAAAACGACUCGGACGCCAUUGAACGCGAAUUCAGCAGACUGUCACACGCCGACCAGAAAAUCUACCUCAAACUCUUCGAUGCUCAAAAAUCUCGCAUGACUCGUGUCACCUCCAUCUACUACAGCAAUUGCUAUAAUCUCGACAGCUUCCGACCCGACGGCAAAGGUGGCUCUGCUGUCGGUGCAAUUGCCAGUCGUUUCAAUCACUCGUGCGUUCCCAAUCUCCAAUUGUCGUUCAACUUUGACAAGAAUCUCAUGAUGUUCUACGCCAUCCGAGAUAUUCCCCGAGGAAAGGAAGUCUGUACAAACUACGAAAAGAAUGUCUUUGACGCCGCCGUCACUCGUCAACGCAAGUUGCAGAUGUAUUACGGAUUUAUGUGUCAAUGCGAGGCAUGUUUAGGUCCCGCCAAGAACGAGUUUUGGGCAAAGAGUGACCAACGACGAAGAGCCAUGUUCGAGGCCUUCAAAAGAAUCCAAGAGUGCGAGAAGGGGUAUACGGCAUCCGCUGUUGAAACUGAGGAUCCAGAUCCGACGCAAUCGGUUUACAUCGUUGAAGCUCUAGCAGCACUGGUCAAAUUAGAGAGUCUCCUUGUCAAGGAAGGGCUGAACGGAGUGGUUUUGACAAACACCUAUCGAAGUCUAUCCAAAUGGUCCGAACGACUCCAGGAUUAUCCCCAAGCGGCGCGGUGGAAGGAGAAAGAAGAGAUCAAUUCCCUCCACGGUCUUGGUCCACAUGCCUUUCGCACCAUCGAGUGUGACAAGAAAAUAAAAGAACUUGUCAGGAGAGCUGAUGAAACCGGACAAUAAGCCACAUCCACCUCACAAUCUCAGUGUACCAAUACCUUGAUGUC